CCGCUCAUCCAAUCCAAGCGGCAGCCGCUUCCACUUUCGCAGCAGUCUCGCGUGGGCUCGCUCCACACUCCGCAGUCAACCCACGCUCCGAAAAUAAAGAAAUAAAUAAAGAAAAAGUAGAUGCAACUAGAUUGCCAGGAGAUCGUUUCCUUCCUGUGCGAAAUGACGAUUGGAGUCGGGCAAUGGAUGCAGUCAAGCUGCUGUCGCCACUGGGAAGUGAGGACUUAAAGACGAGAGGAGAAAACCCAUUUUGUCUCGAGUGGGAUACUCGACCGGGAAUUCAUCUGAACUUUAAGACUGAGCGAGCAUCUUCAUCUGCGUGGAGCCGCUCUGAGGUUCAUUGUCGCGUUAUUUGAUUCGACUCGACCCCCGCCUGACAGCAACCCGGCCGCGCAAAUUGGGAUUUAGAUGAACUAGCUGCAAAGCAACACGCCUUCAAAGUGUGGAAUACUCCGAUUGCGGCUCCUUUGAAUGAUGCCUGCCUGCUUCAAGGGGAUUUACUAUCUGUUGGGGGUUUUGCACCUUUGUUCAGGGUCUCGUCUUCGCCAGGAAGACUCCCCUCCCCGCAUUGUUGAGCACCCCUCUGACCUGAUUGUGUCCAAGGGGGAACCAGCCACUCUCAACUGUAAGGCAGAGGGCCGUCCAGCCCCUACGGUAGAAUGGUACAAGGACGGGGAGCGUGUGGAGACCGACCGAGACAACCCUCGCUCGCACCGCAUGCUCUUGCCUAGCGGCUCUCUCUUCUUCCUACGCAUCGUCCACGGACGGAGGAGCAAGCCCGACGAUGGCAGCUACGUGUGCGUGGCCCGUAACUACCUGGGCCAGGCAAUCAGUCACAAUGCAUCACUGGAAGUAGCCAUUUUACGUGAUGACUUCAGACAGAACCCGGUGGACGUCAUGGUUGCAGUGGGCGAGCCUGCAGUGCUGGAGUGCCAGCCACCGCGUGGACAUCCUGAGCCCACAAUCUCGUGGAGAAAAAAUGGUUUGAACUUAGACGACAGAGAAGAACGGAUUACGAUCCGCAGUGGCAAGCUGAUGAUCACCAACAGCAGGAAGAGCGACGCAGGAAAAUACAUUUGUGUUGGAACCAACAUGGUCGGGGAGCGUGAGAGUGAAAUCGCUGAACUCACCGUGCUUGAGCGCCCCACCUUCCUCAAGCGGCCCAGCAGCGCGGUGGUAUUGGCAGACGGGAGUGCCGAGUUCCACUGUGCGGUUCAAGGUGAUCCUGUUCCCACUGUUCGCUGGAGGAAAGAGGAUUCUGAGCUGCCGAAGGGCAGAUAUGAAAUUCUAGAAGACCACACUUUGAUUGUUCGUCAAGUGACGUCUUCAGAUGAGGGUUCCUAUACAUGUGUGGUGGAGAACAUGGUUGGCAAAUCGGAAACAUCUGCCACGCUUACUGUUCACGUGCCGCCUGCAUUUGUCUUACGGCCCAGGAACCAGGUGGCACCAAUCGGCAGGACCGUCACUUUCCAGUGUGAGGCCACUGGCAACCCGCAGCCUGCUAUCUUCUGGCAGAGGGAGGGCAGUGAGAGUCUCUUGUUCUCAGCACCCCAGCCCUUCAGCCGAGUGUCUGUCUCCCAGCUGGGCAGUUUGACCAUCACCGAUGUUCAACGUUCCGAUGGCGGCUUGUACAGCUGCCAGGCUCUCAGCAUCGCCGGCAGCGUUAUUACCAAAGCAUUGUUGGAGGUUACUGACUCCGGCUCAGAACCGCCUCCCCCUGUAAUUAGACAGGGCCCGGUCAAUCAGACUGUUCCCGUGGACAGCACCGUGGUGUUGAGUUGCCAUACGGCCGGCGUGCCACCUCCUUCGGUCCACUGGAAGAAAGAUGGUGCGGCGUUGUCACCAGCGGACACACGCUUGUCCAUAGCAGAAAGCGGCUCCCUUGAGAUUCGCUACACGAAGCUCGGAGAUACAGGCUUCUAUACUUGUGUGGCUUCCAAUCCCAAUGGAGAGGCCUCCUGGUCAGCACAUCUACAAGUGGAGGAGUUGGGGGUCGUGGUCCAGACCAGCCGACCUUCAGGCCCCGACCUGUUACCCGGGGCUCCAACUAAACCCGAAAUAACUGACGUUAGCCCCACUUCGGUCACUCUCUCAUGGAAAACCAGCCCCAGUGGGGGGGCAACACCCACCUCAUAUCUCAUAGAGGCAUUCAGUUAUAAUUUAGGCAGCAGAUGGGUGACCCUGGCCGAACAUGUGAAGAUGCAGACCUUUGUUGUGGGGAACCUGAAGCCGGGCACCGUUUACCUUUUUCUGAUCAGGGCAGUCAACGCUUAUGGCCUCAGUGACCCGAGCCCCAUCUCAGAUUCCAUCCGAACACUCGACAUCAGUUUUACAGCUGAGGGAACAGAUCCUCAUCACAUCCAAAGGGAGUUGGGCGAUGUGGUGAUCCACCUAAACACACCCACGGUUGUGUCGCCCUCCGCGGUCCGUCUUAACUGGAUGGUUGAAAAGCACUCGCUGUACAUCCAAGGCUACAAGUUGUUGUACAGGCCCUCGGCUGAACACGGACAACCUGAGGGUCAGUGGAGUGCGCUGGACGUACGCGCUCCACAUAAGGACGGAGUGGUGAUCGGUCAGCUCAGGAGAGGUGCCAUUUAUGAGUUCAAAGUGCGUCCCUUUUUUGACGAGUUCCAGGGAGCCGACAGUGAAGUGAAGGUGAUCAGAACGUUGGAAGAAGCACCAAAACAAGCUCCCCGGGACGUUACAAUCACAAAAGUUGAUACCAAUGGCACUGCAGUCCUCAUAUCGUGGAAACCGCCUCCAGUCCCGGAGGAGGCAGGAGUCAUUCAGGAUUACAAGAUCUGGUGUCUGGGUAAUGAGAGUCGCUACCACAUCAACCAGUCAGUCGACGGCUACACCUUCUCGCUGCUUGUUGCCGGUCUGACGCCGAGGAUUCGCUACGGUGUAGAGGUCGCGGCAAGCAAUGGUGCCGGACCUGGGGUCAAGAGCAAAACAGUGUUCUUUCAGUUUGACUCUGCUGGUCAGAUGAUGGAUCUCAGCGGGGCAAAGGACGCCCUCUCGCACAUUUCCGACGUGGUGAAGCAGCCGGCAUUUAUCGCAGGCAUUGGCGCCACCUGCUGGUUGGUCCUUAUGAUUUUCAGCGUGUGGCUGUAUCGUCACCGUAAGAAGCGAAGUGGCCUCAGCAGCACGUACACCGGCAUCCGCAAGGUGCCGUCUUUCACAUUUACACCAACAGUUGCAUAUCAAAGAGGAGAAUCUGUGUGCAGCGCUGGCAGACCUGGCUUUCUCGGCAUGGCUGAACCCAUGAACCCGCUCUGGAUGCCAGACAAUUGGCCAAAUUCAUGUGCCAAUCAAAAGGAGUGCGGCAUCAACUGCUGCAAUAAUGCCAACGGCACCAGUGACAGUAACAUGACAACAUACAGCCGACCAGCCGAUUGCAUCGCUAACUACGGAAAGCACCCAGAUAACAAACAUGGCUCGGAGACAGCUAUUUAUACCGACGUGAAUCUCGGCGAGAAGCUCAAUGAGAUCAAAAAGUUCAACAAUUCCAACUUGUGCUAUGCAAGUCCAGGAGGAGAUUCAUCAGAUGCAUAUGAGCCAAUCCCAUAUGCUACCACCCAGCUUAUCCAGGCCAGUAUUAAAAACAAGGCUCAUACCUUGGAGUCAAUUGACGUGCCCUGCUGGAAUCAGCCUCCAAACCCUCCUCCGCUGCCAAGAGAGAUGGCCACACAGAUGCACUACAACAUCAUUGAGCAAAAUGUUCUAAAUAAAGAUCAUCCGCAAGUAAAUGAAGGCUUAGUCCAUCACAAAACCAUCGCCCGCAACCAUAGCCAAGAUCACAGCAUGGGAGGCUCGCAUUACAGCUCAGACAGGGGGAGCAACAGCACCUCAGGAAGUCAAAAUCAAAAGAAAGGACCACGGGGCAUGAAGACUCCAAAACAUACUGCUGUUAGCUGGGGAGAUGCUCUUUCGCCUCCUCACGCUAUUGCCUGGAACGGUGAUGAGUACAGCCUCCCCAUGGAGAAGAGUUUUGAUGCAGAACGGAGAACAGAUGGCUGCCCGACUCCACCAAUUCGAGGGGCAGAGUCAUCUUCCUCCGACGUGUCUUACAGUCACCAAAGUACGACACAUCCACAGGGAAUCACCAUGAGCAACGGUCUGCAAGAUGGAACCAAGCACCCCAGCUCCACCCCCAUGUACAAGGACGCUGACGAGCAAGACGAGGACGCAGGGGAGGAGACAGCGCACGAUCAAAACCACCUCCAUCUGCACCAAACCCAACAGCACAAACAAAAGUUACCUCACCACUCCCCGCACAAGCUGCUCUUCCACAGGCUGGAACAGACCCCCGCCUCCAGCACGGGGGAGCUGGAUAGAUCGGUCACAGGGUCCAUGGUUAACAGCUGGGGCUCUGCAUCUGAGGAUAACUUAUCAUCAGGCAGGUCCAGUGUCGUAAGCACCUCAGACGGAUCAUUCUUCACGGAUGGAGAUUUCAGCCAGGCAGAAGGCUUGCGUAUGUGCAGAUACCCAGAGGAGUCAGGUGAGCGACCCAGCAGUCCCAUGUCUACAGACAGCAACAUGAGUCCUGCAAUGAUGCAGAAAAGGCCCAGAAAGUGCAAGCAGAAUCAAUGUCUACAACCGAGCUACCAUCCCAAAGAUGCCUUCAGUGACGACUUGUUCAUGCCUCUGAAUUUCCCCGGUCAGUUAUCCCACAGCGACUUGAGAGUAAGGGGGGCCACGUUACCCCGGAUGGGUUCUGGAGAAGCCCGGGGCCGAAGAGGCAGCACCGGGACUCACCGAGUCAGAGAGGCUCCAUUUGAAGAGGGCGAGAGCCAAGACAUACACGAGAUUCUACCCAGGGGGAAAGCAGGCAGCAAAAGCAAACAGCACUCAGGUCCAGCUCAAAGUGAGGCCAAUGACUCCAAAGUAUCCAUCUUUAUGGCGUCUGAAGACGUGAGGAUCAAACACGCAGUACAAAUGCAGUCUGCAGGAGUAGAUGAGUUCCUGAGAAGUUGAGAAUCUUUGACACCUUGAACAUCUUACAGCUGCUUCACUGGAGGACAUUGGGGUGCAGGUGGACUACACAGAAAAGAAAAGUACUGCACAAUAAAUGCUCUUUUUCUAUCCCUAAUUUCUCACUCAGUGUUGGUUUAAAAAAAAAAAAAGUGCUCAUGUUUCGUAUGUUUGUGAACUAUAUUUUGGCGGAGCGUCUGCCACGGGCCUGGACAAAAGGCUCACCCUGUGACAUAAGAUAAAUGCACAUGGCUGAUGUGAGUCUCUACGAAAAUAUUGUACAUGAUGAGAAUUUCUCAUGUGUUCUAAAAUGCUCGUGUCAUUUCCAGACAUCUUGUAAAUUCGUUUACUGCCACAGAAGUGCUUCAAAUUGAAAUUUGAUGUGACAGUGUUCAUGUUUUAUAAGUGAUGUACACCUUGUCCUUGUAUGGUUUGUUCUACUUUGGUUAGAAAAGCACAAUCACUUGUUAUCAUCAUUAUUAUUAUUAUUACUACUAUUGUAUGCAUUCUGUGGAACUGUGUAAAUCACUUGAUAAAUUAACUUUAUUCUGAGAAAAUGAAUGUUGAUCUCAAUUUUACAUUUCAAGCUGCUGUGAGUCAGAAGUGAAAUAUCUGUUUUGUGUAAUUUGUGCAUGCGCCUUCUCCUCGUGGAGAUAUUACUUAAGGAUAUUUACUUUAUCAUGAGAAAAUCCUACUCCUGGACUGUUUUUGUUUUAUUUCUAUUUUUUUUUAAAUCCACCAGAGUUCUGUUCUCUUUUGUUCCUCUUUACCAGACCUUGGCCAUAACUUCUUAAAAUUAAAUCACCUGUCUCGAUUUUCCUAUUAAUCUCAUGGCAACCUAAAUGGAUUCAUAAAACAGUUUGCCAGUAAAUUGAUUUAAUUCCAUUAGCUUGGGAUAUCAGAAAGGUUACCCUCAGUAUAUGAUACAAUCACUGUAGUCCAUGACAGUAAUACAGCACUAAUUGAAAUAUCAGAGUGCAUCCAAACGACAUCACAAUAUUCAUUUUUGUAAAAUAAAUAAGUAAAUAAAUAGAAGUGCCCCAAAAAUUCAUUUCGACCAAAAUAGAAGAAUCCCCGUUAAGAUGGGAGUAGCUCACAAUCCCUACAACUGACUAUAUUUCACUAUUAACUACUUGUACAUCUUACCAUACACGAAAGCAGCAUGAUCAACAAAACCUAUGAUGAUCAUGCAACGUUUCCAUUUAAUCUCUCUCUACAAAUUACAUAACAAGAGCCAGUGACAUAAUUAUAAUUUUUGUCUGGAGGUUAUUUCCAAUAAGUUUUUACCAAAUUGUAUUAAAUGUUUCCUGUAUUUUAUUUUGCUGCUGAUGCUAAAGAAAGAUGCAACUCACAUAAUGGAAGUGCUUCAUGGCAAAACGAGCUUGCUGUUUUUUCAAGAACAUGAAUGUAAUCACUCUGGGAUUUCUAUAUUUUGACAGUGAUGUAGCUGAGGCCAGAGGUCAACUAGUUCUAUGACUUGUUUUUAUCAGCUUCCAUCCAAUCUCAGUUAUAACUGGGGUCAAAGGUCACAUUUUGUUUUUCUACCACCAAUUAUCAGCAGAUGCUCCCGACUCUUAAUCAGUGUUUGCUUCAAUGACAUACUUGUCUGCAGCCGUUUUGUACUUUUGUAGUCUUCCUUUACCAGUCAUGUGCAAAAUCUUCAAGUCAUUAAGUUUAUUUAUUUUAUGCUUCAGAUCGCAGUAUUGAAAGCUUCUGAAUUAUAAACAGUAGGAGGAAAGAGAACAUUUCAAUCGUAUGGAAAAUAUUGAGUUAAUUUCUUACUGCAGUACUGUACUGUACUAUUCUGAUUUUUUUUUUACAUUUAAU